UCUCCCCGCCCCUCGCCGUCCCCGGGCCCGGCCCUGCCCAACGCGAGCGGCCCCGUCGGCGGUCCUGGGGCUGCUGCUAUGGAGCUGCCGGCUGUCAGCCUCAAGGCUAUCAUUCUGGUACAUUGGCUGCUCACGGUUUGGGGAUGCAUGAAUUACAUGUUGCCACUCUCCUAUGCCUGGGGAAAUUUCAGUGUCCUUGCAGUGGGGAUCUGGGCCAUUGUGCAACGAGAUUCCCUUGAUGCCAUAAUGAUGUUCCUGACUGGCCUGCUGCUCACAGUCCUCACAGACAUCAUUCACAUCUCUAUCUUCUACCCUUCACACGACUUCCUCAGUGAUGCGAAGCGUUUCAGUAUAGGCAUGGCCAUCUUCAGCCUCCUCCUCAAACCUGUGUCCUGCUAUUUGGUGUAUCGAAUGUAUCAGGAGCGUGGAGGAGAGUACACCUUUAACAUAGGUGUCACCAGUGCAGGCCAGGACCGCAGCACCUACGAGCCCAUCGAUCAGCCAGACGUGCCUCCACAGUGGCCUUCCUCAAACAAGGCAGCCCAGCCGCCGUACUGAGGCACCCUGCAGCCCAGGACCAACACUGCCCUCACCCAGCUGAGCCUUCCAUUCUUCCUAUGGAGCAGCACCUGCUACUGGGCAAACAGAAGAUCUGAUAUUUCUUUUGCUUCCCUAAAGGUUAGGUAGAUGGGUUCUGCAGUAAAUCCAGAAGAUCCUGGAGGUGUCAUGUUAAGCACUAUGACUCACUGUAAUCCCAGUACUUUCCUUUCCUCCUUCCCUCUAAACCCCACCUCUGUACAUGUGACUGAAUGCGCCUUCUGCACUCUUCUAAGUGUUUCAUUGUGCUUCCUCUUCAUUGUAAGAGAACCACUCAAAGUACUCCUGCACAAGCAAUCUUUAAAAGGCUUAUGGACUGCCCUAAAACAAUACAGUGUAGCCUGAUUUUAUCCAGAUAUAUUUCCAGGAAAUAUAUGGUGUUGCGAUAACAAGUGAUGCAGAUUCCCCAGGCAGGUGCAAAGGAGAGCCGCUUUAUUGCAAAAACCCGGCCUUUUUAAGCACUUAGCCGGUUAUCUGUUUACAUAGCUUUAAAGCACAACAAACAUAACUCAACCAACCACCACGAUGUGAGCACACGAUGGUCACGCAGUGUGUUUUUCUACCCUUAAUUCCGCUGUGUCUCUUUCCCACAGUCCUUUUCUACUUAGCCGAAGUAACAGACCUGAACCAUGAUUUUACAAAGGCAGCAAGGCCUUCAUGCAACAAUCUGGGAGUUCCCAAGAGUUGUUUUUGAUGGCAUUAUUUAACUUCUUGUGCUCCCAGGAUCUGGUAUUAGGUUUUAUUAACUGAUGCUUUUAUGCAAGUUGAAUGUCCUUCAGGAUACUUAAAAUGACUGUUGAAUGUAGAUUAUAGAUCCUUUGUGCCUUGAAAUACCCUUUUGCCUUCAGCUGCCUGUCUUAACAGAACUUAACAGAAAAAUGUUACAUUUUUCUAAGAAAACUAUAAAAUGAGCACAGUUUUUCUGUGUUAGAAAAAGUUA